AUGCAUUACUCCUUUGCUUUGUCAGCUUUCGCUGCCCUCGCCUCAACGGCAUCUGCUGCGCUUACCAUCAACAACUGGUGUUCCACAGAUGUAUACCUCUACAAGUCAAACAAUGGAGGCUGCAAUGUCGGUACUAAUGGAGCUUGUUCUACUGCUUCCAAUGCUAGCCCUUGGAUUAUCAAAGCAGGCAAAGGAUCUAGCAGCAUUCUUACCCUUCCAUGGGACACCGAUGGACACGGAACAUCAAUCAAAAUCGCCAAGACAUCCAACUGGAAAACCACCCCUUCGGUUCUUCAAUUCGAAUAUGCGUGGACAACUGGCCAAUACUCUUCCCUUUACUGGGAUCUCAGUGAUUUGGAUGGUUCCGGGGCUGGGCUGGUUGGAACCCCUUUCAUGAAUGAUAACGUGAAAGUUACCCCAUCUGGUACUGGCAGCGGGUCAGGAACUUGCGUGAAGCUCAAGUGCCCUGCAGGCGCUCUAUGUAAGGAUGCGUACAACACCCCCGAUCAAACUGCUACCCGUUCCUGCCCAUUGACAACUGGGACCAUGUGGUUGGAUCUGUGUGAGCCAACCGGUGGCUUCAAUUCCAGGAGAGAAAUUGGCUUUGAGGCUUAG